GGACUAUGUGUCACACGCCUCACCGUUCCACCUCUCACUGGUUCUCAGAUCGUCUCCCCCUAUCGCUUGCUGUCGUGUGGUACAGCCUAGGCCUCGCUGCUGUUCGUUGUUCCCGGGAGCGGAAGACACCGAGUGCUCGGUAAGGGGGAGGGGAGAGGAGGGCAGGCGGGUAUCGGUAAUACACAGUGAGUGUGCACUUACUGAGUGAGCCCUGCAGGGUGUAAUAUGGAGUGUGCACUUACUGAGUGAGUGAGCCCUGCAGGGUGUAAUAUGGAGUGUGCACUUACUGAGUGAGCCCUGCAGGGUGUAAUGUGGAGUGUGCACUGAGUGAGUGAGCCCUGCAGGGUGUAAUGUGGAGUGUGCACUGAGUGAGUGAGCCCUGCAGGGUGUAAUGUGGAGUGUGCACUGAGUGAGUGAGCCCUGCAGGGUGUAAUGUGGAGUGUGCACUUACUGAGUGAGCCCUGCAGGGUGUAAUAUGGAGUGUGCACUUACUGAGUGAGUGAGCCCUGCAGGGUGUAAUGUGCCCUUACUGAGUGAGCCCUGCAGGGUGUAAUGUGGAGUGUGCACUGAGUGAGUGAGCCCUGCAGGGUGUAAUGUGGAGUGUGCACUUACUGAGUGAGCCCUGCAGGGUGUAAUAUGGAGUGUGCACUUACUGAGUGAGUGAGCCCUGCAGGGUGUAAUGUGCCCUUACUGAGUGAGCCCUGCAGGGUGUAAUGUGGAGUGUGCACUUACUGAGUGAGUGAGCCCUGCAGGGUGUAAUGUGCCCUUACUGAGUGAGACCUGCAGGGUGUAAUGUGGAGUGUGCCCUUACUGAGUGAGUGAGCCCUGCAGGGUGUAAUGUGGAGUGUGCCCUUACUGAGUGAGUGAGCCCUGCAGGGUGUAAUGUGGAGUGUGCACUUACUGAGUGAGCCCUGCAGGGUGUAAUGUGGAGUGUGCCCUUACUGAGUGAGCCCUGCAGGGUGUAAUGUGGAGUGUGCCCUUACUGAGUGAGCCCUGCAGGGUGUAAUGUGGAGUGUGCCCUUACUGAGUGAGUGAGCCCUGCAGGGUGUAAUGUGGAGUGUGCACUGACCUCCCUUUAAUAUAGCCUGAGUGUGUCUUAUAAUCAUCAAUUCACGGUGUGUGCAUAGAGCUAAAUAUUACAUGAUCACAACAUUAUUAUUAUUAUAUAUCUCAAUACAUAGUGUGUGCAUGUGGGUAGAAAUGUAGUGUGAAAAAAAAAAAAAUAUAUAUUUAUUUUCUUACAUUGUUACAUUUUAAAGCAAAAAAUAAAACAAAACCCCAGUCCGUAAUAUGUUCAGUUUCGCUGAUUUGGCCUAAAAUUUGACAUUCGCUUUCAAUUCAUGACAAUUCACACGUUAAAGAUUAAAUGUAUCUAUCUGUGGUGAUUUAUCCAGGGAGCACGCAUAUUUACUAAGCUAAUGAGUGAACGGCAAGCUAAAAAAUAUAAAAAAAAAAAAAAAAAAGAUUUGCAAGAAGACAUGUUGCUCUCGUGGACUUGUUUCCCGUAGUGGCGUCAUGUUGGUUGGAAACAACAAAUAAAAUAAACGUGGUCUUGGGUAACCUCUUUGCCGAGAGACAAACUCAUCAAUUCACCCUUUUCGUUUUCAAUAAGCAUUUUAUUUUUUUAAAGGGUUACUCCAACCAUAAACAGUGUUUCCGUAAAACAGUGGUUUUGGUUGUAGUAACCUCUUCGGUGCUGAUCCGUGGGAUUUUGGUGAGAAUUAACUGGGGGAGCACAGUGGAGGUGUGGUUGUGGGGCCGUGCCACUAUUGUCUGACUGGCGCCAGCAUGCUGUGCAUGUUGGCAUCAGACAGCAGUCUUGCACAGAAUUGACAUUAUUCAGCUCGGAACUUUAUUCUGGUAUAAUGAUAGUGCCAGAGUUGGAUUUACAUCUCGUGCAGCAAAGUGGAUUAUAUCUGUGUUCAGUGUUUCACUGCGAAACUCUGCACAUAUAGAUUCCAGGCACCAUGACCACUUCAAAUCUCUGACAUCACUGACAAGGUCAUGGAACUUUUGAACAAUGUACUAAAGUGUUAAAAAAAUAUCCUACGUGUUGUCUUUUCUGAUAAACUAAAUAUUUAAGUUUAUAUAUUAUAUUGCACUCCAUUCUCCUUUUAAUUGAGAACAUGCAACUUUUUUGUUUGGUGUAACAAGGGUACAUCUACUACGAAGCUCUGUUGUAUCUAAAUCCUGAUUCUAAAGCGAUUGCAACAACUCCAGAUUUCAUCCAGAAAAAUAUUUUAAUUCUUGGAUAAAAUAGCAAAGAUUUGGAGAUCAACUCUCCCCCCUUCAUCAAAAGGGAUUAUAUUGGCUCCCAGCUGUAAAUAUUUUGCAGAAGCAGUCAAUUAAUUUUUGAAAUAUUCGUCCUGUUCUCUGUACAGGGUGACUCUCCUAUUUUUGUGGUGGUGGUGGUAUUUUUUUUUUUUCUAUACACGGAGACUACCCUCUUUCGCGCAUGUAAUAAAACAGGUGCUGUUAUGCCAGUGUAAGACAGACAUCCUGGUUAACACGGGAUAUGUGAGAAGGCAACUGGCUUGUACAUAGUUAUAAACAGGUCUUACUAGGUGAGGAGGAUGCCCCCUCUUUUAACCUUUUUUGUUAAAGGGACACUGUAGUCACUAUAACCACUUUCUCUUUGAAUUGGUUAUAGUGCCUGGAGUGCCCUGGCACAGUCCCUCCAUUCAGUGUUGCACCAUGUUUGUGCAGUAUGCCACAAAAUAAGAGUCCCUGGCCACCCACAGUCCGGCCCCUUCUGUAUGUGUAGCUAAGGCAGAGAUUACACACUUCCUUGUUGUCAUACCCAUUCAUACCGUCAGUUGGAACUCUGACAGGUUAAAAGCAGUCAGCUGACACUCUCAGCCAAUCACAGCUGCCCAUUGCUGCUCAGGGUAAUACUUCCUUAUUAGCCAAAGCAGCACAGAUGGGAUGGACUGCCGUGGUCUCUUGUUUAGCAUUAAAACAUUACAACAUAAAAACUGUUUAAUGCUGAAAGAAAUGAUGGCACCAGGGGACUCCAUACACCAUAACCAGCUUAAUGAGAUGAAGCAGAUACAGUGCCUACGAUGUCCCUUUAAAUGUUUCUAUCAUUAACACAUGGCCAAAAUCAAUCGGAUUAUCAUUAUACGGACAUCUGAGACUUUCACAAUUUCUAUGCUAUGGAGGCCUUACUAUUCAUGGCCCUAAACAUAUCCUGCUAUGGAUGUUGAUUGACCCAUGUCUUCAUUAUCCUGUAUGUUGUUUAUUUUCUGAUUUCCUAUACGACCAGAACCAGUUCGUGACCUGCGCGUCUCUGGUGUUCUUUAUCUUACCGAAAUCUUUGAGUUUCAUAGUUUCUAUGUUAUCGAGACUUGCGAGUCUCUAUAAGUUUUGUAGAAAUACAUACAAAAUAAUAGGUGGAGCUGUAAAAUCUUGAAUAAUCUGUAAAACACAAAUUAAAUGCAAAUAGCGUAGUAUGUCUGGAAAUGACGAUAAAGCAGAAAUAAUAAGUAAUGGAACUCACAAGGCUGGAGUCAUACCAUCAUAUGACUCUAGAAGUAUGUCUUUGGACCAUUGGGGGUUGUCCAGACCCUUUUGUUGUCAGCUUCUUGGUCUUCCCCCUUGUGUUCCUUAGUAGGUCCCCAAGGAAUACUCUACAUGCAGGUGGUCCUUAGAUAGUAAUAUAUAUUUAUUGAAAAUAAAAGUAAAUAUAAAAAAGUUUAAAAAGGUUCCAUAUAUCAGAUAAUGCUGAAUAUAGGAAAAAAGUCAAAUGCAAAGUGGAAAUGUCCAAUAAGUGUCCAAAAGGCGUUUCACCUGUUCAACAGGCUUCCUCAGUUGGCUGUCUAUAAGUUUUGUAUUAACUUUAUUUAUUUUAAACUAAAAUGAGAGAACGUUCUCUCCCCUGAAUAAAAAGAUAUUUACAAAACAAAAAACAGACAAACCUUUGAAAGGAAAGUGCAAUUGCUUUGGAUUGCAAUAAGCAUAAUGGAGCUGUCAACCACUACUGUGCUUUACAGGCCUAGUUGUCAAUUUGGAGACUAAAAUAAAAAUAAAAAAAAAUUUACAAACAAAAACCUAACCUGUGGAUUCAGAGGCAAAUCUAUGGAAUGACUGUGCUGACCCUUAGCACUGUGUAUAUGAGAAAUCCCCUAGAAACCCCUCAAAGGUGUGCUUGUGGGAUUAUGUCUGUCUCUCCAUCUGGCCGUGUUAAUAUUGUAGUUGCCAUGGCAGCGUGUAACCAUGCAAUAUUUUUUUGUCAUUUUGUAGGUCUGUUGACUAUCAACCUUCUAUGUUUUAUUGCCUCUGUUAAGUUUAUGAAUAAGCAACCUAAAUUUAUUAUACAUGUUAUGUAAAAUGCAUUUAUUUUUAUUGUCUAAUUAUAAUCUUGAUCAUGUCUGUGUGUAGUAUUUUUCAAUGCUUACAUUAUUUCGGGUAGGAAGAGUCCAUGUAGAACAGUACAUUGUAAAGUCUGAUUUAUAAAUGGCAGUAAUUGAUAUAUAAUGGGCCAUAUUCCUUACCAGUGUUCUCAUACACAACACGCAUUUUUAGAAGUUUUUAUUAAAAUAGCGUUUGGGUCAUCUUGUUAAACAAUCUUGGAUAAUAUAUAUAUAUAUAUAUAUAUAUAUAUAUAUAUAUAUAUAUAUAUAUAUAUAUAUAUAUGUGUAUGUAUGUAUAUUUUUUAUUUUAUUUUUACUCGUGGCUGUGGAGUUAGAGUAAUGGUUGGGUUUUUUUUUUUUUUACCUUUUUAAUUUUUUUGGUCUACCCUUAAGCCGGCGUCUAAUACACCAGCAUAAACGGUAAAUUGUAAUAUACGGUAAUUAUAUAGGGAGUCUGUCAGUGGAAUCGGAGUCCAAGAUUUUCUGUGGCGUGUUUUUAAAUGAUCACUAUAGUCUUCCAAAUCACAUCUCAAUGAAGUGGCUGGGUGCUGCGGCUUUUUUUGUUUUUGGUCCUGCAAUGUAAAACCUUGUAAAAUAUUUAAUGUAAAAUAUUAAUUACUCCCUCCCCCCCCACCCCCCCCUGAAAAAUGCACAAUGUCUUAUUUUCGGGGGAGGUCUUAUUUCGGAAUAAAACGUGUGCUAGAAAGCAGGUCUAUAUUCGGGGGAAUUCACCCGAACAUAGACCAGUUCACUAGGGCAUGGAAUCCUGCAAAUUUAUGUUCAGGGGAAAAUUCCCUGAACAUAGAUUAGUGAAGUAGAGCUUUUUUUGGGGGGUAGAGCUCAUAUUAUGAGCAUUGCGAACAUAGAUUAGCUUACUCGCUAAUAGAAUAACGCUAAUCUAUGUUCGGGGAAACUUCCCUAGGAAAUAGAUUAGCUUACUCACGCAUGGAAUCAUGUGAAUCUAUGUUUGGAGAAAAUUCCCGAACACAGAUUAGCGAACUAGGCCUUUUUUUUCGGGGUAGGGCUUAUAUUACGAGCAUCCCCCGAAAAUAAGCUACAGCUUAUUUUCGGGGGAUGUCUUAUUUACAAGGAAACACGGAAGAUGGUGCUUCCUUCUCCUAAAUCUGAGUCAGAUGUGUUUAUUGAUGUUCUGCAUCCUCAUACAUUAUAUGAUUCUUAUCAUAUGGAAGCAUUGGAUUCAAUGCUUCUCUAUGAGAUGCAUUUACUUGGUGGAGUGCUGUGUUUUCUACACAUGCCUUUGUCCCCAAUGCUUCUCUAAGAGAAGUAUUUGAUUGGACAAAAAGCUGAAGGGAAGACUGCAAAGGAGGUGGAGUGGGCAGCUGCACGAAGUGAGUCUCAUUGCUUGUAUUUAGGGGUGGGGGGCUUGAGUUAGAAACAUAUCUGUAUUCCUAUAGCUAGAAUGCUCAUUUAAUGCAGCUGAACAAGGUAGUUAAAAUUACAAGGCAGAUAAAGUACCGGUAUAUUUAGUUUUUCAAAACUUUUGUUCCUAAAAUCCUAACCUAUUCUGCAUCUAAGCUAAUGUUUGCCCACUACUAACACCUUUGCUGAUGCUAGGCAUUGUCCAGUUAAAUGUUAAUAGAUAUGUUUUAAACAAAAUAUUAAAGUGUGUGUGUGUGUGUGUGUGUGUGUAUGUACGUAUGUAUGUAUACAUACAUAUAUGUGUGUGUAUGUAUGUAUGUGUAUAUAUAUAUAUAUAUAUAUAUAUAUAUAUAUAUAUAUAUAUAUAUAUAUAUAUAUAUAUAUAUAUUCUCCAUAUUAGAUCUAUUACAUAUUAAUACAAUAAAAUGGAUUGUGCUGAAAUAAAUAAUCCCAAAAUGCCCUGCUCUAAUUUCAAAUAAUUGUUGCUUUCUUUCUUCAAUUGAUAUGUUAAUUUCUUCUUGCUAUAUCUAAGCUCGCACAGGGCCUGCCUUACACUAACAGGCAACAAACAGUCCAGACAAUAAAAACUUCUACAGUUACUGUUGAGUAAGGUUGCUAAGAUAGGUUGGAAAAUGAAACCUUUUUUUGAGGAAGCAGUGUGAAUGUGAGUCCCAGCCAGUGGAGGUUUGGCUAGGGCUGCAAAAAUGUGAUAACUCCUAAACGAUAGAGAAUUUAGCAGUGAAUUCUGCAAGGGCUUGAGAGGAAGUGGUUUUAAGACUUCUAGUGCCCCUCAGAUUUUUGUGUCAAAGUAAACUCCAAAGUGUUAAUAUUUUUUUUUUUUUUACAAGACAGAUGCUUAUCAUAUCUCAUCAAGCAUUCAAAUUCACAUCCAGUACCUAUGGAAAUUUGUAUCCAGCACUUGUAUGGGUACGACUUCACAUCCAGCUUACGUAAUGUAGCAUAAACAAAUAUAAACAGUAGGCUUGAUUAGGAAUCAAACUAAGAACAUACAAAAAAAAUCAUAUCUUGGGUUAGUUCCCACUCUUCAGAUCUCAGAACAGUGAUCGUUCACUUGUGCCUUUACUGAGUGACUUUGCAAUUUGCAUCUAAAGCCUUGUGUUUGGGAAUGGUCCACAGGGCAAACUCUGGAACUUUUGUCUAUUCUAGUUGUGUAUUCCUUACCCUGGUUUUUGCAUAUUGACUUGUCCCAUCUAUAGUAGUGCAGAAAUUAAAUGCCAGGCACAAAACACCUGCAUAACAGAUAGAGCAGCCCCAGGCUAGUGUUUUAGGUUCUCAUAGGCCUUGGCUUUGCUUGUACAAGGGAUCCACACCUAGAUUUCACACGUAAUGAGUCUUUAAGGACUUGCAUCAUGAAUGAAGUUGUUGGAUGAGUGUAUAAAAACAGUGGUUCAUAGUAUCUGGAUAGUGCUCCCAUUGAAAACAGCGAUAGGACCAUCAAUGUCUUAAGUCUCAACCACGUCCUGGUCUCCAGAAAAACUUCGUAGGACAGUUUGAAGGUGUGAUGGGUUCCUUCUCAAUUAAAAAUGCACACAUACUAAAUAACUGUUUCAGCCUGUCAUAGGUUAAUGAAACUCAAUCUUUUUAUCAGUGAGGAAGGAAUUCAUUGUUAGAUGAUUUUUUUUUAGACUUGGGCUGUGCCGUUGCGCAAUUGGCAUCAUGGGAUGCUGUUUACAUCAUUUGCAGAUGUAGCAGCUCCAUAUAUAGCUGCUUCAUUUAUCGCGCUGACUCUCUUGAUUGACCGUUCUGAAGGUGACCUUGACUCCAGUUGGGUUCUAUGAUGCGAGUAUGACGAUGCAUCAAUUUAAAUGCACCAUUGACUGAAAAUACAUUUAUUUAGCUUGAGUUUGGUACCAUUUAUGACUGGGUUUGUCACAUCUACAGCAGGUAUCCAUGGUGAUAUCGAAAAGAAAUGUGGCACGGAUAUAUGUCUCAUUGCAGGAGAUCUGAUAGGAAACCUCGAAAUCUAUGGUGGCUGUUUCUUUUCACCAGUGGAGGCUAGUCCACAUCAACCCCCUUCCCCCGCGUGUUUUUGAAGCAACAUAAAAAAAGAGAGAACCUCCAAAUCUGUUGAUAUCGUAGAGCUUCAAAUAACCGGUGUUGGAAGAAACUUGUAUCUGUCACGAUUAUAUCUGCAGUCACCAUUGUCCCUCUUAUUGAUGACUGGGUAUGCAGUUGUUUUUUUAACAGGGAAUGGCAUCUCCCUGGGUAGAGCCCUAGAAGUUACGGGGAGCAACUCUACAUCACCCUUACACUUCACCAAACACCACUGCUUCUCACGCAUGCAGAAUGCUGGCUGUCCAUUCACCUUUCCAAUUUCCUCUCUAUUUUCAUCACUGACACAGCUGAUCAGCAGGGGAAGGAAAAGGAAAUUAGUGGGCAAAUGCGAUUAGCUGUUCAAAUUCACAGAUUUUCUCUUCUUUUUGACCAUCUUUAUUUUCAUUUUCGGCAUAUCGUAAUAAUUACACAGUAGACCAUGAAAGUGAACAGAUAUGGUAAUAUGUGAAAGGAUCAUUAGAUUUACAGCACAGCGUGUUUGUUGCCUUAAACCACCAGUGUUUUACAUUCAUGCCAGACUAAAGCAUCAGUCAUUAAUUACCGGAUGUUAAGCCACUCCAGAUGCAGGCCGUUUGGAAUAGCUAAGCUGCCCACAGGCAAACUUUAGAUCCCGUAAGUGGAAAGCAUUAACAAAUAAAAAGUAACGUGAAGGAGAAUGGCCCUGAUUUGAUUUUAAGUGAUAUUUAACAAUAAAAGCAGUUUGAUCUAUUUUACAUGUUACAAUUAUUAAAUACCUUCGAUAAAGCCAUGACAUCACCCAGAUCUCAGAAAACAAUAGUUAGUCUUAUCAAAAUCCUUUGUGGUACUUAACGGUAAGUGGCACAGUGGGGACAUUUACUUUAUUUAAGCAGGUCCGGCUAUGUCAAAAGGAGUAGUUUGUUUAAUUGCCUUAUUUAUUCUUCCAUUAGAAUGUAAGGUUGGAGCUCCGGGUGGAGAAUAUCAUUUUGAAGAUGUUUGUUCCCGCCUUCCAGCUGAAGAAAGCAAACUAUGUAGAAACGUAGUGAAAGAAGGCACUCUGGAGCUGUGUUGGUAAUUUCAGCAUAAUAAAGGGUUGGAUGGUGGUUGCUGUGAUUUUUACUUUGUUAAAAUUUAUUUCUGGUUUUCUUUUUACCCUUUGGCCACAGUUCAUUCUGACACUCAGCUAUGCUCUUCCAACAUCCAAGCGACCGAAGAGAAAGCCAGAGUAGACUUCCAUCUUCCUAUGAGAUAGAACUUGAAGGUGACAAUGACUCUGGUAUAGAAGACGAGCUCAGGUUGGAAGGAAACAAUUCCACGAUCUUUGUGGCUUUUAAAGGGAAUAUUGGAGACAAAGACUUAAAGCAGAAUCUAGCGCAGAUAUUGCAGAACGUACCCAACCUCAUAAAUAUGGGUAUGUUUAAAUUGCAACCUCUAUUUCUCUACCAAUGCUCUCAUAUUAUGGUCUGAAAUAUAGAUUAAUGAUGGCCACUCCAAACAAGAUAAUAGGAGUAUAACAUUUUUUCCUUAUUCUUUUUUUUUUUUUUUAAUUUUUUUUUUAUUUUUUAUACCAUUUCAGAGUCCAGCCGGCUGAAGGUCCAGAAGGUGGAGCCAUGGAACAGCGUGCGGGUAACGUUCAGCAUACCAAGAGAAGCAGCCGAACGCUUGCGUCUCCUUGCUCAGGGUAAUAACCAGCAGCUGCGGGAUCUAGGAAUUCUUUCUGUCCAGAUUGAAGGUACAAAUACUAAGCUUUUUUUGUGACUGUUAUUCUAUGUUUUCAUUUUCAUGCUGUUUUGCCAUGAGACAUCUACAUCUCCAAACCUAAGGGCUGGAACUUGUUAGAUGUGAAUUGUGAAGUAAAAAAAAUAUUUUAUACCCAUAGGUUAACACAGUGAUUCCCAACCAAUCGAGGAUUUAGGGAUUACUUUUUUUUUUUUUUUUUUUAAACACCUGAGAGACAACUAGGUAUAAUCCAUGAAUCUUGGACUGGUAGGGGUGCCUUGACGACUGUCUUGAGAACCACUGGGUUAAUUCAUUUUCAUAGAAUUUUUGGGACAUGAACAUUUAAAUGAACACUUUAGCAUUAGGAAUACAAAUGUUUAUUCAAUACGCUAUAGUAUCCUAGUCACAGUUUGGGUGAACCCCACCUAAAGGUUUAAAAGGUAUUUUACUUCUCAUACCAUGCCAUGCUGCUUUCUUUGAUGAUCUCAGCCAAUCCAAUGCUUUCUCAUAGUAAAGCAUUGUGAGGCUAGUGCGCAUGCGUUGCAAAACACUGCGCUUAUCAGACUCUAUGAGAGCGUCUGAUUGAAAUAGCUGAAUUUAAUUUGGCUAUUUGGAUGGAACUUCCUCUAGUGACCGUCAGAAGAGGCAUUCAAAGCUAUUUCUGCAGGACUGUAAAGUUUUAUAUUGCAUGGGUAAAUAGCAAGGGACGUGGCAUCCGCACCACUUCAUUAAGAUCAAGUUGUCUGGGUGCUUAUAGGGUCCCUUUAAAUGUACUUUGUUUUAAGUAGCCAGUCAAAAAGAUGUAUCCCACAACUGAUUUUUUUAAAAUUCUGGACAAGAGACAUCAGUACUCUCUUUAGUUAUCAUGUUUGCUACUUGUGAAACCUUGUCACGUUAUGGUGUACCCCCAGUAUAAACAGGUAACACUGAUCUCCUGUUCAUAAAUCUACGGAUGUUACAAAUAAAACUUAAGAUUUUUGCAGGAACUUGCAUGACUCAUUAAAAAAAACACAUUCUAAGCUAUCUUCUUAAAAAGAUAGUUCUUUGGUCAUCUGGGAUACUUACACUUCUUGUUUUAAAGUGGCUGCAAACUGGAGAAAGUAUUUUUAAUUUCUAUUAAAGUGCUGCAACUAGAGCAGGAUGCCAAUCUUUGGAUUUGCUCGCCUCUGGGUAGCAGUGAUGAACACAGUUCCUCUGCUCUCAGCACACUAUGCAUGCUAAAAAAAACAGGACAUUUAAUUCCUGACUGAUUGACAGUCUAUGAGAUAUAUAUAUUUUUUAUAAUUCUCUUUUGAUUGACAUUACCAAAAUACAAUGAGGCUUCCAUGUAGCGUAUUCAACAAUUGUGACAUUUAAAAUCUGAGGCAGACACCAAAAUAACAAAGAGCAUGCAUCUAUGAGGAUAAUGGCAUCUGUUUCAUAAUAUUGAGGGGUGAACAGAGGUAAAUCUGGUAACAUUAGUAUUGAGGAAAUCCCUUUUAUAACACUCCUGCAGAAUUUGUUGGCGCUUUGUAUUAUUAUUAUUAUUAUUAUUAUUAUUAUUUAUUUAUUUAUUUAUUUAUAAAGAGAAAAUAUUGAACAUUAGGAGUUAUAUAUACAUAAACCUAUACCCUGUGUUCCAAUAAUUACUGUAGUCUUCUCUGGUGUGAUCCCGAAAGGUUGUCCAGUACGUGACAACAUAUGGGCUCAAGAUGUGUCUUAAACCCAAGUAAGGUAAAACCAGAAUAGUCUAAGACAAGCAUGUCAAACUCGCGGCCCACAAGGACCAUCUUUGCGGACCAGCGAGCCGCGAGUACAUGCUGAAUGUUAUAGCAGAGUAGGCACCUGCUUUCCCCAUAUUGCAGGUGCCUACUCUGCUAACACUUACCCGGCCGGGGAGGAGGGGACAGUGGACGGUUCAGUCGCGCGUGCUGACUGAAGUGAAGCCGGGUGCCGGAAUAUGACGUCAUAUUCUGGCACCCGGCAUCACUAAACCACGCGAGGGAGCAGGAAUGACCCCAGGGAGAUGCCCCACAUCGUCUCCAUAAGGUAAGGAGCAGUAAAGUAUGUGUCUGUCUGUGUUUGUGUGCGCGGCCCACAUAAACUUAAACCUUGUUUAUGUGGCCCGUGCCACACUUUGAGUUUGACAUGCUUGGUCUAAGAAGUAUAAGAAGAUAGUGAAAACCAGGUAUUUAAGAGAUUCCAUAAUAAAAUGAAGAGAACCAUGCAUUUAGUGGACAGCCUAUGAUUAAGGACCAUUAUGUGAGAAACGUGCAAGAAUUUUACCUUGACUCCCCCUCUCCACCCCCCACGCCCCAGAUGGUUUAUUUGAUUGAUAGGACUUCUAGCCGAAGCUACAAGUUCCACUUUAGAGCCCUGUUAUGUCAGCUUUAAAAAUAUUCUAAUCAUAAUCUUGUGAAAUACCGUAUUUUACAGUGACUACCGAUAUCUGGGAAAAUAAAGGCAAUCGUUAAACUCUUCAUUUUAUAACUGGUGCAGUAAUUAGAAUUAAGGUCAUGGUUUGGGUUUGAGCCUCAGUAGCCCACCGAUUGCGGUAUAUGUUAUGAAAAGGUGUAAAAUGAAGUACCAGGAGUUUUUAAAUAUUGAUUUUGCUAAAAGUGAAAGUUGCAUUAAAAAAAAAGUGUUAAAUCCAUCAUUGAAACUAUUUGUUUUCACCAAACAAUAGACUUGCUGACAAAGCUUCAAGAUUCAAUUAACCAGUAGUAAUGUCUCACAGAAUGCAGCAUUCCUUUGUUACGAUAGAGAAAUUGUGCAAUGUUACAAUUAGGGUGAAAAAUGUUUUAGUAGUUUAAAAACAAUACAAUAUUUUGAAUAAGUACAAUGAAUGUGGAAAAGACACAUAACCAUAAUAUAAUGGUAGAUCAACACAAAACAACAAAUGUCUUAUAUAUUUCUUUAAUUUAUGUUUUGUUAGAGUUUCCACACUCACAAUACAACUGGUUCAUCAUAUGAAUAUAGCAUACAGUGAGAUAUACAUCUCAAUUAUGCGUCAUAAGCAUAUGACUAAUUAUUGCGUUUGUAGAAUUAGAUAGUAAAUCUAGGUAACGACUUUAACUUAGAAUAGAUUAACACCAGUAUGAUUUGUUGCCCGUAGUUUUGUCUGCUUCACGUGAGAGCAGUGUAAAACGUAAAAAAGAACAGAAAAGCAAGGUAUAACACAACAAAGGAUCAUAUCAAUUCAAUUACUUCACUGCCACUCCUCUAUACUGUGACAGGCAGGUACAGCUGUGGCUAAGCUAGCUCCCAUCUUUCUUUGGGAGAUGGCAAGUUCAAGCUCUGGAGAAAGGAUGCCUGGUCUCUAGAUGAGGACAAAGACAGUGUGGUGUCCCCCCUGCGGGACAAUCAAGGAGCUAUCCUCCCACUCCAAGUAUUUGACCACGAGUACCUCCGUUGUCUAGCGGUUGGGGAUAACUGCCUUCUUUGAAGCGGGACAGCAAAUGGUAUGUCACUGUAGAUCGCCACCGGAAUGCCCUCGAACCGGAUGUUAUCUAGCUCUCUGGAAUGAUUUAUAAUCGCUGCCAUGCUGGAUACAUCUUUUGGUGACUACUAUUGUGUCUCUGAGUGCUUCAGGUUGGGCUGUAGCAGCUUUGGGAACUCUGAAUGCUGAGAGUGGUGGUCACAUGUUCAGCUUUACCUUUAAGACCCAUGGAGGUUAGCAGUCUCUGUAUGAAGGGCAGCAAGUUGUCUCCAUUGGAUUAGGAAUGCCUCUAAUGCGGCCGUUUUUCUGUGCCUGGAUUCCAGUGUGGACAUGGACCUGCUGGGAUAGGGUGUCCACUUAGCUCUGAGUGUUUAGGAUCUGACUCUCUCAGGAUAUUUCUCUGGUCUCCACCUCCUUAAUUUGCUGGUGGAGGACCCACAUCUCCGUUUGAGUCUACUGAAGGUCUGACUUCCAGACCUUCCGCAGGUGAAUCAGGUGGUGCUUUAUGUCUUCUUUUGUGGUCAGCGCAGAGUCAUCCUCUGAUUCUAAAUCCAGUUUGGCCUUACUCAUUUCAGGUGAGGUAAGUUUUUCACCAUCUUCUUGUGCUCCCUCCGAGCUUCACUGGUCACCACGGGCGUCAUCUUGGAGGACGUGGUCGGAGCAGGCCUCGCAAAGGAAAGCCUGAAAUCUGGCAUCCUUGGGUCUCUGGAAGGUGAAAUGUUUUAUGCUUUGGCUCAUUCUAAUCUCUGGUGGGAGACGUGGUAUCCAUAUUUUUUGGAGCUGGAAACUGAGUUAGACGCCUCUAUCUGCGGUCUGAGACGGAGCUUCACAGAAACGCAUCUUGUCUGGUGUUCGACUAACCACGCCCCCACCCAGCAAUCUAAAACAACAAAUUUUAAGGGACAUUAUUUGCACCAACACAACUUAAAGGCAUUCUCCACAGCCCAAAUACAAAAAUUUAAAAAAUCAAUGUUUAGUCGACAUAUCUCAAAUUAAAACAUGCAUGUAUUUAAGCAUUUUUUUCAUUGGUGGUAUAUCUAAAAACAACUAGCAAAAACUGCAGACCUAUUGUCUGCAAGCACUCCUCUUCUAACCCAGCCUAGACUUUGUGACUGUCCAAUCACAAACUUCCCAAUGCAGCUCAAUGAGAAGUAUGUGCAAGGCAGGUGCUCUGCGCAAUUACUGCCUCUUGAGUUUAGCUCCACUGAGCUAACCAAACCAGGAAAUAACAAGACCUGUUGUCUAAUGUGACUGCCAGGGCUUGUAACCAGGUUAAUUUAUAAAAGUGUCAAAUUCUGUUGAAAUCUGCACUUUUUUUGCAAAAUGUAAAAAUGAGUACAGUUCACACUCUUCACAUACAAAGCUUUUCAGCAAGCUAAAGUGCUCUAGGGGCUUUGUAGUAUCACUAGAAGUACAUUUGUGUUUUGACCUGCUAUUCAUGCUAUAUUUUGUUUUCUGCACAUUCAAAUCUCUAUAUAGUUUUGCUUAAAGAAAAAGAAAGGACAUCUUCCAGAUUUGAAGAGCGGGAAAAAAAACCCCAGCAUGAGGCCAAAACCUUCUUCCUACAUUUUCUUUCAAAUGCACUUAAAGGAACACUGUAAGCGCCAUAACCACCUAAUCGCACUGUAUGGUGUUUACUUAUAUCAUUCCAGUUUUUCAUACAGUAACGCUGCUGAUAAUCAUAUGGACAGAGAGCAGGUGUUUUUUUUUUUUUUUUCUCAAGUAACCGUUAUUGCUUUUUCUAGGGGAAGGGGCCAUCAACCUGGCACUAUCGCAAAACAGAGGACAGGAAGUACGGAUGAAUGGGCCAAUGGGAGCCAACAGUACCAUGAGAAUUGAUGCCAACUUCCCCAUGCAGAAUAGGGCAGGUAUGUGGUGUGAAAUAUGCCCUGUUCCAUUCAUGGAAGAAGUGGUAUGUUCUGUCUUUUUAAAAAGUCAACAUUAGCUUGAAAAUCUUUUUUUCCACCAUUGGUAUAAACUGCUGAAGUUCCAUUUACUGUAUUCAAAAUAAUUGUACAGAGUAUAGUAGUAGUAUGGUCUACCAUAAAAAUAUUGCAUAAGUACAGAACAGGUCUCUGGCCAUGAACCAAGGUUUAAAUGUUAUCCAGAAAAGUUAGGCGAGUAGCCUACAUAAAAACAGACAUUACCAUGGGUAUUACAGAGCAAGACAUAAGAAUAAAGUAGGUGGGUUAACAGGGCCAACUCAGGAACUCUUUGGCCUAUAACAUGACCAGGGAUCCCAAGAGUAAUGUGAACGUUUUCAUUUUUAUUAUAUAUUUAUUUGGAAUAAAUUGCUGGUAUGAUAAGUGAAAAUAACUUGCUCCUCUCUUUCCAAUUAUGAGAACUGAGUGAGGAAAUCCAUAGAAAAGGAGGGCAGACAAGAAUGUAAAAAAACUGAAUAUUAAAAAAAAAAAAAACUGCUAUGAUAAAAUGCCUUCACAUGAUAAAUUCCAUUCCCCAACAUUGUGCGUUACCUCUGGAGAGAUAUAAACCACACACCUUUUGGCGUCUUCUCUCUUCAUAUGUAAAGUCAAACGCCUUCUAAGCAGACACAUUUUUGAUAAUUCAUUGCUCCAUUGUAUUCUAGAUGUUGUAUUUCUUAUUCUUCACUUUAGCAUAACCUAUUUUAGAAGUAGCAAAUUCUGUGAAAAAAUAAAUUGUUUGUUUGGAAAAGAGUUGUUGAAAAGGAUGUUAUGCAGAUGAGAAAUAUUGACAAAACCUUGGGUCAGAAAGCGUGAUGUGCUAUGUUUUAGGAAAACCGGUUGAAAAGUCUGUUGUAGUGUAGGUUAAAGAGAGGAAAGUGAUCUGUCUUUACACAAGUCAGAGAGAGGAAAGUAAUCGCAGUCAUGAAGUAGGUCAGAGAGAGGAAAGUGAAUCACGGUCAUGGCAUAGGUCAAAGAGAAGUGAUCUUGGUCGUGGUGCAGGUCAGAGGGAAGUGAUCUUGGUCGUGGUGCAGGUCAGAGGGAAGUGAUCUCGGUUGUGGAGUAGCUCAGAGAGCGGGAAGUGAUCUCGGUUGUGGAGUAGCUCAGAGAGCGGGAAGUGAUCUCGGUUGUGGAGUAGCUCAGAGAGCGGGAAGUGAUCUUGAUCGUGGAGUAGCUCAGAAAGCGGGAAGUGGUCGUAGAGUAGUUAAGAGAGAGUGGGAAGUGAUUGCGGUCAUGGUGUGGGUCAGAGUAAAGUGGACGCAUUCGUGCCGCAGGUCAGCGAGAGGGGAAGUGAUCUCUGUCAUGAAGUAGGUCAGAGAGAGGAAAGGGAUCUCGGUCAUGGAGUACGUCCGAGAGAAGUGAUCUCAGUCAUGGUGCACAUGUUUGUCACAUGUUUUAUUUUGAGAGGACAUGUUAGUUAAUUCUAUGGCGCACCGUAGGGAGAAGUUGGCAUCCAGACAUGAUAUCAUAUUGUGCAAUGUAAAGGGCUUAUGGUCUGGUACAAGCACCCUAUAAUUUUUAUUGUCCAGGCCUGAUCAGGAUGAACAACCCAUCAGCAAGCAUGAUGUCCCAGGGUCCUCACGUAUCUUCUGCAAUGAUGGCUGCCAGCAGUAGCUCCGACAUGCAGCCAAGGACCCCCAGACCUCCUUCCCAAAAAGGUACACAAAAGCACAUCUACAAACUGGACCCUUUUAUAUGUGUAUAUAUGUGGAGUUCGAAAAACAAAAUGUGUUGAAAAUAAAAUCAAGACCUUGAACUCUGCAUCUGAACUAGCUAUGUUUUUAUCUCGUGAGCUGCUGCUCUUCACCUGAAGGUACUCCACGUGCUUUUAAGUUGGCAUGAAUCCUCAUUGGGUAAAUAGGGACUUUGGAACGCAGGAGGCUAUUUAUGUAACCUACCAAAUUUCUGAUGAGUACCAUAUUAUUUGGAAUGUAAGACACAUUCAAGAAGCAUUCCUAUGAUUUAACUAAAAUUUUCUAGAUAAGAUAGAUCAACCUGUUCCUUAAUUGCAGUAAAAUUCAGCUUAUGUGUAUAGGGGAUGUCACAUGUUUAGGGAAUGAAGUGUACAAUAUGUCUUUGUGGGAUGUAGUGUGUGUGUGUGUGUGUGAUAUGCAGUGUGUACAUAUGGAGGCUCUAGGUGACAUCUAGCAGUGUUGCUGCCUCAAAGUUAAAGGGACACUAUAGUCACCCAGACCACUUCAGCUCAAUGAAGUGGUCUGGGUGCCAGGUCCCUCAGGUUUUAACUCUUCAGAUGCAAACAUACAUUUGGGGUUAAGCCAGCCUCUAGUGGCUGUAUUCCGGAACUAAAGAAAAUACUAUUCCUUCCCCCCCCUCUCUCCCCCCCCCACAGUUUAGGCAAUAAUAACGUGUUUUCUAUGUCCAGCUUAGGAAAAGUAAUUCAAAAUUAAUUUGUGUCUUGAUUUAUAGAGUACAUAAUAUGUAUAAGAUUUCAGCCUAUUUUGAAAGUUACAGGUCAUCAAAUACAAGGACCAAAAUUGAAUUUCAACAUGAAACAAUUUUAGAAGUUGGUAUGUUUGUCUUGUAAGUUUAGUAGCCAUCACAAAAACAAAAUUACCACACAAAAAGUAUAUAUAUUUAUAUUUAUGUACAGGCUAUUUUUCUUCUUUCUUUUUUUUUCUUCUUCAAAUAUCUUGUUUUUAUUGAAAAUUUCAUGUUAUAUAAGAACUUCAAUAAGGGUUACAGAAAGGAAAAUGGGAACAAUGCAUCUUCAAUGUACAUUCAGGUCAAAACAAUUUGGCAUUUGCAGUUUGUCACAUAUGGUAAACAGUUGGUAGAUCGCAGUCCUCAUUAUCAUAAUCAUAUCUAUCACAAUCACAUUUAGUAUGUCACCUAUGUAAAGCUUGUGCGCUACCCAGCGUGGCCUUAGCUUAGUAUCUGCCUGCGGGUGUGAACUGUUCUGAGUGUGUUGGUACAGUUGGGUUGCUUAUUUAACCUUGCGUAGGUCUGUUCUAUACAUAAAGUAUGUCUGCUGUAUGCAAAACGUAGGCUCCUGUACUUUGUGUUUGCUACUUCCUUCUGUGGUAGUGUACGGAAUGGGCCUUUGACCUUGUUUCGAGCCUAAUGACCUUAUACUGAGGUGUAGCGGAGUGAGUAUUGUCUCCGUGUCUGGUUGUCUGCUAUCAGUAUCUAUGUGGCGCUUAGGAGUUCUUAUGUGAUCAUGUUACUUUAAGUUGUCCUGAUUGUGUGGUAGUUUAAUCAGACAUGGUGUCAGUACUUGACCCUGUGUGUAGCGUGUUACGCCUGUCUACGCAUCUAUGUCUCAUGGGAGAGGCAGAUUUGCCCAGCAUCCCCACAUUUGGGUGUGCUUAUGUUCCUGCCCUUUCAGUCAUUUUGACACUUUUUACGUAGCUAUUUCAUCUCUAAUCUCUGCUAAAUAUUGGAGUAAAAUUGUGUUUUUUCUUUAUUUUGGCAUAUGCACAUAUAAUAAGGUUUUUUUUAAUGCGUAUUUGGCAAAGCUGGUGUGUGCUAUUCCUGCACAGAACCUCAUAUUGUGUUCAGCUACAUCUGCGGAGUAUAACGAUACCCCCAUUGUAUGCUUUCGGCACUAUUCUGUGAAGCUACAGUGCCAUAUAAGAGACCAGGCUAUUUCAGUUUCUAUAGUUAGAAUUUUCAUACAUUGAUUUGAUGGGCCUAUGUCUCUUUUUGAGGCAUUAUAGCAGUUUAAAUGUUAUCAUAAACCCACAAAGGGCUUCCAUUUGAGAAAUACACCCCAGGGUAUCUUAUAUGGUGUAUAUUGUGCCUUAACGUAUCACCAUUUUUUCACUAAUUUAUGUCAAUGUUUGUGGUGAGGGGGAAAAAAUUGCAUUUUUUACAUACAUGUUGCAUUUUUGUUGAGUAUUUCUUACACUGAUAUGUGCCACUGUCAUAAAAUCUCCCAAAUAAUGCUCAGUUACAUCUUCUGAGUAAAACAAUAUGCCAAAUGUAUGACCUAGAGUGACACUAUUUUGUGACGUUACAGUGCUGUAAAAGAGACGUGACAAGUUCAGGUUUUUCAGUGUGAAUUUUCAUAGAUGGUUUUGAUGGCUCUCUGUUCCAUUCUGGAGCACUUCAGCAAGCGAUAUAUUCCAACUACACCAUAACUACAUCCCACCUUAGUGUGGAAUAAUUUUUCCACUAGCUUGGUAAUAAGCAUUUUUUUCUGCCUUUUUGACACACAAAGUGAGUUUGCACAGUAUAUUUUGCAAACCUUAUGUGUGCUACGACUGUAUAAUACUUCAUAUGUUACUCAGCUAUGUCGUCUGAGUACAGCAAUACCCGCGUAUUUACCUUUUCCAGGUAUAUGUGGAUAUUGAAGGGGCACAUUUGAGACACAGCCAUUCCAGUUUUUUUCAAACUUAGAAUUCUUGCGCUGUGUCCAGGUCCCAUUUUGGUGUAUUUGAAGCAGACUAUAUAUUUCAACUAUCCCAUAAAGGCAUACAAUUUCUUAAAGAAUACAUCCCCGGGUAUUUCAAAAGGCAUAUUUUAAACCUUAGCGUGGGAUCUUUUUUUCGCUAGUUUGUUCCAGGUGUAGUUGUAAUGAGCAAAACUUUUUUUACACUUCAAAUUUUUAUAAACUAUUUUUUUUUUUUUUACCGUUAACCCCUAGCAGUAAGCAGCACUAACAAUAAAUUCCCCAAUUUCCCAUAACUCCCACCCACCCCAGCUUGCAAAAUAUAAUUUUAAAAUAUUUAAAUUAAUAAAAUAAAUUGAACCCCCGAGGAUUAAAAAUAAUAAUAAAAGUUAACCCUCAGGGGUUAAAAUAAAAAAUCAGAUCACAGUAUUAUACUGUGAUCACUGUAAGCAGUGAUCAAUGGUAGGGAAGGGGUUAAUUUUUAUUAGGUGUGGGUAAAGGGAAGGGGGUGGGAGUUUUGAAACUUAUUAAAACUUAAAAAAAAAAUUUUUUUUUAAAAGCUAGCCUAACACCAUAUCCCCCAAUUUCCCACUAACUUCCACCCACCACAGCUAGCUAAAUAUAUAAUUUGAAAAUAUUUAAAUUAAUAAAAUAACUUUAAUCCCUGAGAGUUAAAAAAAUAAAUAAACGUUGACCCUCAGGGGUUAAAAAAAUAAAUCAGAUCAUACUAAAAUUCCCUCAUCUGUAUUUCGAUCACUGUAGUAAGUGAUCAGAUGGCAGUGAAGGGGUUAAUUUUAUUAAAGCAUGGAAAAGACGGACCAGAAGACAGCCUGUCAGAGUGAUCAUAGCUACAGGGAUAGCGUGAUCGGGUGCUCCUGGUCUGCCUCGAAUACCGAGGCAGACCGGAGAAGCGUUAACCCCUGGUCCGUCAUCCGUCGUUAAGAGCUUCCCCAUUAAAGCGCCACUGUCAUGCCGAACUUACCUUUCCCCAAUCGAUUCCUAUUCUUUUCCUCUGUCAGGAUAUGUUCUUAAUUUCUUCCUGUCUGCUCUAGUGUUCUUUAAAACAUAAGACAAAUUAGGGACUACUUUGUCUUAUGGAGGUUUCCUACGCUUGAACAGCGGAGGAGCAAAGUGUGCUUUCUUUUCGGUGGUCAAAGCAAUUUUCCUACAAUUUUCACCUUUCCUCCGUGAUCUUCCGAUGCUUCCUGUCAGUAUUCUGGAACGUCCUGUCACGUUUCGCCGGCGAAACCACUGAAUUUCGUCCUCACAGAAUGAGAACAGUUUCUCCAUUCGUGUUAGGACGCAAUUCGGGACUUUGUUCGGAUCAGAAUUUCAUUAAAUCUUGCAGUCGCUUAGUAGAUAGCUCCCUGAUAUCAUGGGAAUUAGGGAGUUAUCUAACAAAAUGCUGAAUGACCUAAAUUGGUCUUUCAGCCAGAUGUACUAAUACUAAGUAAAAAUUACUUAGUAUUAGUACAUUUUGCCCCUACUCGAUAUGCUGCGAGUAGGGGCAUGCCUACUAAACAAUGAGCAGCCAGUGAACUAUUGUCCUCCUCGGCCCCCACCCAUGAGCGGCGAGUGGGUGCCCUAAAUGAAAAUGGAGGGGGGACCUAUCGUCCUGCCCCCACCCAUGAGCGGCGGGUGGGAGUCCUAAAUUACAAAAAGAGGGGGACCUAUCGUCGUCCUCCUGGCCUCCACACCUGAGCGGUGGGGGCCCUAAAUUACAAUAAGGGGGGGGAAGGCUCCUUUUUUAAAAUAUGCUUUGUCAAGGUGAUCUAGUUUGUAUGGUAAGAUUUAAGACACAGGGACCAGAGUGAAAGAGCCACAAUCUACACUCGGUCUCUUACCCAAGGAAUUCUGGUUUGCUAGAUUUUAGCUGUAACCGAUUUUAUGAUUUUCCAAGUACAUAAUGGCAUCUGGUCUCCAUUUGAAAAGGUUAAAUCCUAUUAAGGUCCCAUUUACUUUAAUUUUACAAUUAUUAUGGCGAAUAGUGUCGUGAUAUGUAGUUGCAACCGCCCUGAAAACACUAUGUUGACUCAGCAUCUGCAUAUUAUAACCAUACUUCAUUGCUUUUUCCUCCCAACAGAUGGAAUUGACCCAAUGACAUCUGGCAUGACUGUUCAGCAACAAGGCCACACGUCUGGGUCUAUGGCACCCCAGAUGCAUCCCAUGCAGUCCUCUGUUGCUAAUAGACCCAUCAAUGCAGCAAAUUUUCAACAAUUUCAGCAGCAAACUCGCCUACCCCAACAUCAAGUUGCACAGGGACUGCGACCCCAAUUUGCAGCUCCUGCACAGGUCCCGGUACCUCCAGGGUGGAAUCAGCUUGCUUCUGGAGCUCUGCAGCCUCCCCCUGCUCAGGGAAGUAUGGGAGUAGUGACUGCUAAUCAAGGAUGGAAGAAGUCCCCAAUGAAUGCGGGUCCAAUGCAGCAGCAACAGUUUCAACAGAGACCCUCUUUGUCUACAGUGCAGACUCCUUCUCAUCCUCCCCCUCCAUACCCCUUUGGCAGCCAGCAGGCCUCUCAAGCUCACUCUAGCUUCUCUACCAUUUCCGGGACAAACCAGUUUAACACACCUUCAAUGAAGCCUUUGCAGGGAAGUCCAGCACGGGCACCAACCCCUUUGCAGCAAACCCACCUUACCGGCAAGUCCCCAGUUUCGUCUCCAUCUCCUUUUCAGCAAAACUCCCCAGCUUCUUCCCCAACAGUGAUCCAAACACAGCAGCCGGCCAUGGGACCACGCGGGACACAAGGCAACCAAAUGCAGCAAGGGUUCCAGCAGCCACCAGUCAGUUCACCCAGCCACAUGAUGUCACAGGGGAACUCAGCGGGCAACUUCAUGAUGCAACAGGCACAACAACAGGGUCAGGGUCCACAAGGUAUCCAUACAGGUAUGUAAGCCUGUAAGCUAUGAAAACAAAUGCAGUAGAAUUUUUAUGAUCAGUCCUAUAAUGGUUUACAUUCUCACUGUAUUUAUUUUUAAACUAAGCAUGAUUUUUUUCUAUUGCCCUAAUAUUUCUUAAGUUUUACAUAUACUUUCUUCUAUUUAGUUUAAUUCAUUUUUUAAAUUAUUGAUUACAUCAUAUCCUACUUUUUCUUGUCUUGCUUACCUUUUUUUUUUUUCUUGUUUCACUCGUUUUAGCAUUAUGUCCUUACAUGUUUUUUUCUUUAUAUAUUAUGCAUUCUCUUGUCUUAUCAAAUCCCUGCAUUUUCCUGUCCUUCCUUAAAGAUAUACCCAGGACCCUUCUUGCUAUGACCUUGGGGGUCCACAGACAGUAAGGUGCUCUUUAGACCCUAUAAUCGGCACUGUGAGCAAAAAAAAGAGACCCGCAGGUCACAUUGCAGUGUUACUUAUCAAAGUGAACCCAGAUCUACGGACAAAUCAAUAGACCUAGAGUUCCAAUAUUUUGAGCCUCUCCUAACCCAAAUAAACCAUAACCAAAACAUAAAACCAUAGCAGGAAAAAUGGGAAUAAAGGAGGAGGGGUGGGAGAAAGGGAUUGAUCGCACAGGGAGGAGCUGUGUGCUUCCAUUUAUCUUCAAAGCUGAGAACAGAACCAACUCUUGCCCUGUGUACUCAUCUGUAGUGUGAGUUGGAAACCUUCACUAACAGUAGUGAGCACUGAAAAGACUUUUUCCAUGCAACAAAGCUCCUCUGUCUUGGAAAACCAUAGGCCCAAUAAAAGACUAUAUAGUUGUCUCCAGAAAGGGUCAUCGAUUGUUUCCCUACAUUCCGGAUACAGACUGCAAUUGAGUUCUUGUAACGGGUGGUAGAUAUGCAUAGGUGCAGGCGCCAUGGGUGGUGGCAUGUCUGACAAGUGUUACAGUAUGUCAUGGAUUUUAGACCAAAACAGGGCUAAAAUUGGUCACUCCCACCAGAUGUGUAGGAAGGUGUCCGGAUCUGCAAGAUAGUGCCAGCAUCCUACGUCUUGGUUUGCAUCUACCGAGUGCUGGAAUUAGGGAGUGCAGUACCAGAAUGACAGUAUUUUAUAUGCACUUUCCUGGAGACAGAGAAAUGGUGGGUACGAUCAAAAAUCUUUUGCCAUUGGGUGCCGGUAAAAUUGGGAAAUGUAACUUUCCCACUUCUCCGGAAAGGAAAGGGGUAUAGAUAGAUGUGAUUGAAAUGACACUAUCUGCUUCAGAUGAGUGUAAUACAUAUAUAUUACUUGUAUACGAUUUGUUUGCAUAAGUGAUCAGAAGUCAUUUUUAAUAUUUCAUAGCCAUGUCUGUUAUGGGUGAAUGGUCGUUUGGGGAUGUCAUUGUAGUAACAUUCGUUAUUGAGUCUAGUAAGAUCUAACAUUCUCUCCAUGCAUGUAAUGUCGUAUGACUCUCACACCUUUUGUGAGUCGAAAAGAAUAGCACCUUGGUACAGUUCAAAAAGUCCAGGAGCUGUUAUAGCCAAAAAUGGCUUAAAUAUGUACAGUUAUACUGAGUAUCUUGCAACAGACAUCCAAAUAUAACGACGAUAUGUAUGGUGUGUACAACUUUAAACCUGCUAGAGACAGAUCCAAUAUGGUAUGCACCGAAUAAUCUACUUCGCUUAAGUAGUUAAAUAGUAUAGAAUAACAGCAUAGACGGCUGUUUUCUCUUAUGUGUUGAGGUGUAGUGACACUGUUAAUCCAGAUCGAUAUAUCUCUUUAAAUCAACUAUUGGUAGAUUGACUAAAUAAUAUACUAAGAGUAUUACCUAUAAUUAUGCAGACCCAAUGAAGAUACUGCAGAGGAUGUAAUGGGAAUUACACAAAUUGUAAAAUUAGAAAAAAACACUAAAAUCUAAUGCUUAAUAAUAAAAGUUGAAAAAAUUCUAAUAAUCAAAGAAUUUUAAUUGCAAUUCAAAAAAACAUAUCAAAGAAUAAAAAUAUGAGUCAGGAACGGUUAGCAAAAGGGUUACCAGCAGAAGGGUAAUCUUGUUCUUUAGUUAGUCACAAAAUCCGGUUAGGAUGGAUAUGGAUAUAACGUAUCAGAAAUGUAUCUCUGUACUUACCGGCUGCCGGUGGGGUUGGCGUGCGUCCCAGACCUCACUCUGGGUGGUAGGUCGGUCCCCUGAUUGACGGUUCUCUCUGGUUGAAAGAGAGGUAUUCCUUCUGCCAGUUUAGCUCUGCUCCGUAUCCUGCUCACUGGUAUCAGUCUGUCUAACGUGUUUCGUGGGUGUCAGCCCCACUUCAUCAGAGACAUGGUGAAGAUUGAAUGCCGAGCCAUGACUUAUAUACACAGCCGGCAUAUUUAUACAGUUUACGUAUAUCAGCAUUUUGUGAAAUACACAUGUUCAGAUAAAAAUAUAUAAUGCAUACAUGAAACAUAAGUGUAUAUAUCUAAAUGCAUACACAUCACAGUAGAUGUAAAUUAAAUAAAUAUAGAAUUAGUAUACAAGUUAAAGAAAAAUUAAAAAGAAAAAUUAAAAUUAGUGGUUUUAGAGAGUUACAAGUUUUAAAAAUUACAAAUUAGAAGUCGUAAAAUUCAUAAUAGAAAUCAUCAUAAAAACAGUACUAUGGUAUCAUUGUGAAUUAGACUACGUGUAAAUACUCUAUUUGGUAAGAAUUAUACAUUUAAUCCUAUAUGGCAGUAAUUGAUUGUAGAGAUAUAUAUCUAUAAAAAUAAAUUUUAUAAAUGUAUAAAAAUGAAUUCAUAAAAAUAAAUUAAUAGGGAUAAUACUGGUUGUUUAAGAGGUAGAUAAAUGAUACAAAUUGAUAAAUUCAUGAAUUAAUAAAUGUAUGUAAUGUGAUUAAUAGAUACAAUAAUAAGAAUAAAUGUAGAGAUUAAGGUUUAUCCAUAAAUAGUAUUAAAAAUAGUCAAAGGAAGUUAGAAAGAGUUAAGCAUUGAGAAGAGAGCAUCUGCUUGAAGGAUAAUAUCGAAAACUCGUUGUAAUGAUGAUUCGAGAAAUAUAUUAUAUAUUGUAUAUUAUUAAAUGGAGAUUUAUCUCUAAUCGUUUGCAUAUAGUAACAAUCCGUAAAAAUAUGUUCAAGCACAGUGUAUUACUGAAGACCUGUUGAAAAAGCUAUUUAAAAAAGAAGGUACAUGAUAAUUAUAAUUGCAAAUUAUAAUACAUCUAGUGUCAUAAAUAGGUGAGAUUGGGGGUUAAAUUAAGAACUCAGAAUUAUAGUUAUGUUUAAAGUAUCGAAACAGUAGACCCCCGUAUCAGGGAUGAUGAAAAUAGAUAGAAAUAGAUCAGGGAUUGUGGAUAAAAGAUACCUAUCUUCAAUUACGAUUUAACGGAGAUCGAAUAGGGAUAAUAGUAAGGAUGAUAAUACUAAAUCAGAAAUUAUGGAUAAAAGGUCCCUAUCUUGGAUUGUGGAGGUCCGAUACAAAUGUCGUUAGGACUGAGAACAGAAUAUUCACAGAGAGCCUUGGCUAAAAUGAUGGCUAUAAAAAAGUGGUAUCGAUAUACAAAUAGAAAAGAGAAUAAUGAUGGGUGCAUUAAAAAUAUAAUAUUAGUCAGUGUAAUAUAUAGUUAUACUUGGGUGCAUAUAUUUUAAUGGAUAUAGAUGUUGUUUAGUGCAUCCUGUAAAAGUAGUGUGAUGAUAUAUACAGAAAGUGAAAGUGUGUGAUAAAGAUGUUAAUGAUAUGUCUAGUUGCCUUCUGGCUUGUAUGGUGGGAUAGUGAAGUGAUAUAAAUGUAUAAACCUUUGGUGGCAUAGUGGGAGAGAGAGAGAGAGAGAGAGAGAGAAAAAAAUAAUAAAAAAAAAAAUAUAUAUAGAUAGAAUAGCAGAAUUGAACAUUUCAUAGAAAUGCAUUCAGUUCGAAGUCUAUAUUUAGACCUUUCGGGACCAAAGUCUCUAAAUGAAAGAUCCAUCUUGCUUCGGUUUGGUCCAAGUUUCUCUCUGUCACCACCUCUCCAAUGGACUUUUUCGAUGGGUAGAUAUCUGAGUCCUGUAGGAUCUCCUCCAUGAACUUCCUGAAAAUGCUUAGAAAGAUUGUGUCUGAAGUCCCUUCUUUAUAUUUCGGAUAUGUUCCGCUAUUCUGGUCUUUAAUGUUCUUUUUGUUCGACCUACAUAUUGUUUGGGGCAUGGACACGUAAUGAGAUAAAUCACCCCUUUCGUAUCACAACUCAUAUCUGUCUUCAAAUUAAAUUCUUCCAUGUUGUUCAUCGAUAUGAAUGAUGUAAUUUCAAACUCCAGAGAGGGAUUAUUCCUACAUGCAAUGCACUUUUUGCAUCUCCUGAAACCCUUCAUUGCUGUUCUGUCCUGCGUGUCCUUGUUCGAUUUCAGGGUUGGAGCCAGCAUGGGUUGUAAAUUUGGUGCUCUUGUAAAAAUAAUGUGUGCUUUACUAUCCAAAAUAUCUGUUAGAGUCGGAUCAUUCUUAAGGAUGUUCCAAUGUUUCUUUACAAUUUUCUCUAUAGUUUUGGAUUGGUGGUUGAAUUGCAUUAUAAAUGCAGGUGUCGAUUGGAAUGUUCCCGUAUUCUUAGUCUUAUUCUUUAAGGUAUCUUCUCUGGGAAUAGCUAAAGCCUUCUUUCUGGCUUCAGUGAGUAGUGUCAUGGGAUAUCCUUUGUUUGUAAAUCUCUGUUCCAUUUCUUUCAUCUGAUCAUCACAUACUUUCAGGUUCCAGCAGUUUCUUCUAAUCCUCCUAAAUUGAUUAUGUGGAAUGUUCUUAAGCCAGGUUGGUUUAUGGUGACUAUUAAAGGGGAUGAAACUAUUACAAUCUACUGUUUUUAAAAAAAAGUCUUAGUCUGUAUCACAUUCUCUUCAAUGUAGAUGUUAAGGUCUAAAAAUUCAAUUUGUUCAUAUGAGUGGUUAAAAGUAAACUUGAGGUUGUAUGGGUUUGUAUUGAGGUGGAUCUUAAAUGCCUCAAGAGAUGCCAGGUCUCCCUUCCAGAUAAGAAAACCAAUCAUCGAUAUAUCUCCGCCAAAGGGACAGGUUUGCGCCAAAUGGGCAAUGGUUCCAUAUAAAUUCUUCUUCCCAUUUGCCCAUGAAUAAAUUCGCAUAACUUGACACAAAACGAGUCCCCAUGGCGUUUCCCUCAAUUUGUAGAUAAAAUUGGUCAUCGCACCAAAAAUAAUUGUGGAUAAGAAUGAACGCGAUGCAUUGGAUUAAAAAAUCAAUUUGGUAGUUUUUUAACUCUGAGUAUACCGCCAAAGAGUAUUGUAUUGCCUCGCAGCCCUGUAAGUGCUCUAUCACCGUAUACAAUGAGGUGACAUCUGCUGUAACUAAAAGCAUACCUUCAGUCCAAUUAAAAUCAGAUACGAGGUUUAAAAUUUGUGUCGAGUCCCUUAGGUAUGAUUUAAGACAUGGUACCAUCCUUUGCAAGUACUGAUCUACAUACUCGGAGAGAUUUGCGGUGAGGGAUCCAAUUCCAGAAAUGAUUGGCCUUCCUGGUGGUUUGGCCAACCUUUUAUGAAUCUUGGGUAGGUGAUAGAAGAUGGGUAUUCUUGGAAAUUUCUUCUGUAAAUAUUUGAAUUCUCUAUCGUUAAUAAUCAAGUAUUUCUCAGAGUUUUUCUUUGAAAUGUGGGGUAGGAUCUUGUUCCAAUGGAAGAUAGGUGGAAGUAUUCCCCUAGUAACCUUAGGUUCUCUUCCCUAUAGUCCUCUGUAUUGAGGAUCACUAGUCCACCCCCUUUGUCGGCUGCUUUAAUUGUUAUAUCUUCCAAUUUCAUGAGUUGUUUGAGUGAGUGCCUCUCUCUUUUUGUGAGGUUGUCAUUCUCAAACUUAUUGGUAAUUUUCUUUCUAAAGUCAUGUUCCACCAUCUUCUCAAAUACUUUGAUUGAGUCAGUCAUGACAUGUUGUGGGUAGAACGUGGAAGUGGGGUGUAGUUCUGUGUGGGUAUAGCCUUGUGUUAGAACCGGUUGCAUCUUGUCUUUAUCUACAAAAAAUUUUUUCAUGGAUAUUUUCCUUAUGAACUUCUUUAGGUCUAUACAUGCAUUGAAAUUAGAGCUUUUACAGGUAGGUGCGAACUUGAGACCUUUUUUCAAAAGGGAUAUUUCAUCUGGAUUAAGUGUUCUAGUAGACAAAUUAAAAAUGUUUAUUUCCUCCUUUUCUGUUGAAUUGGGUAUUCUUGUUGGUCUGCGUCUUCCUCUAUUUUUCUUAUUGAUCUUUUUUUUCCUCACAUCUGGAGACCUGUAAUCCUCCAUCAUGAAUUGUUUGGGGGGAAUCCUCCCCCGAUUGAGUAAAAAAUCAUUUUCUAUAAGUACCUCCGAAUUGUGUGGGUUGGUUCUUCUACCUUUGUUGGUAGUGUUGUUAGAUUCAGUUCUUUUAUGGUCCGUAGGGAGAGCAUUACCAUCUGGGGUAUAUUGGUGUGUUUUUUCAGAUGUUUGCCAGUUCCUAUUUCGAUAUGUAUUUUGUUGUGGGAGUUUAUACCUAUCCUGUUCAUUAUAUCUCUCAAUUGUGGAAUGGCAAGAUGGAUAUUGCUUAUAUCCUUUAUAUCCUUGUUUCCUAUUGUCGGCUACUCUUUUGUGCGUCCAAUCCGUCGUAGUAUCCUUUGUGGGGGUUCUUUGAGAUAUGGUGGUGUUCUUAUAUGGCAUAUGUCGUUGACGUCUAAAUUCUGUUCCAUACCUUUUAGGGGAAUCAAAUCUCUGUCUAUGGUCUUUUUUCCAGUUCCUCUGGGUUUGUGUUUUGUAAUCAGCCUGGUCUCUUAUGAUUUUCUUUCUUUUAUUUUCUCUGAUGGUCAGCUCAAUAUCUUUUACUCUUUGAUAAAUAGAAUGUAAGGCUAAUAUAAUAAAAUAAACAAAAAUAAAAGAGGCUCAAAACACAUACAAAUAACCAGUAUACAAUAAAAGAUAGGUGAGGGCACACUACAUAAAAUAACACUUAUGGUUACCCUUGAAUGUAAAAUCUACUCCGUGCUUGAUUCACUCCUGUAUAUAAAAUAUAAAAACAGGAAAAAACACACAUAGGGUAAUAACGUAAAAACCUUAAAAUUUUAAAAAAUAAAUAAGGUUUCACUCACAUGGUCAUGAGCCACUUAAAAUAAGCUAGCUCAGACUAAAAGCAUUGAAAAUAUCCGUCCGUGGUACUUCACACACCAGGCUGUUCCCCCUUCGUGGUCUUAUUAGUAACUUAAAAUAGUGGACUUUUACUAUAUUGUACCCAGUGUUUUUUGUUUUUUACCCCAAAGUUAUAGUGUGUCCAAUAAAGUUUUAUUUUAUUCCUUGCAUCCUGGAAUAUUUUAAGUUACUAAUAAGACAACGAAGGGGGAACAGCCUGGUGUGUGAAGUACCACGGACAGAUAUUUUCUACGCUUUUAGUCUGAGCCAGCUUAUUUUAAGUGGCUCAUGACCAUGUGAGUGAAACCUUAUUUAUUUUUUAAAAUAUUAAGGUUUUUACGUUAUUACCCUAUGUGUGUUUUUUCCUGUUUUUAUAUUUUAUAUACAGGAGUGAAUCAAGCACGGAGUAGAUUUUACAUUCAAGGGUAACCAUAAGUGUUAUUUUAUGUAGUGUGCCCUCACCUAUCUUUUAUUGUAUAUCUUUUACUCUUUUUUUCAAUUUUUUCUAAGAGUUCCAUAAAUUCCCCAUUCUCCACUAGGGGGCGAAUGGAUGUUUUCAGUUCUGUUAUCUCUUGAUCUAAUUGGGUUAGGUCCUUCUUUUUUUCAUUAAUGAGAAAUACCAUUAAUAAUAAGGAUCCUUUGUCGAGCAGUUGGUCCCAUUUUUUAAGUAGUGUUAGGUCAUGAAGCUUAUAUGUUGAUCUUUUAAACAGUCUUAAUCCCCUCGGUACUAUAGUGUUGUUAACAUAGAAGUCUAAGGCUGCUAUAUCCCACCACACUUGUACCUCCCUUUCCAUUAGUUUACCUAGUUGGCAAUGUGUGCAUCUUCAGUCAAAUGGCAUUUUCCAAAUUUCACCACUCUGCUGUUUGAAUUAUUUAAUCGCCGCCCAACAUAAUAUUUUUUUUUUCUAUGUUAUGGUUUUAGGAGUCCCCAAACGGCUUCCUCCAGGUUUCCCAUCAGCACAGGGAAAUGCAAACUUCAUGCAGGGUCAGACCCCUCCAAAUGUGGCCGGAUCACCAGUAAAUGGUGGAGCACUACAACAGCAAGUAAAUGCAAGUGGUCAAAAAGCAGGUACGCAACAUCUCUGGAUAAAGUCCACCAUUUAUUUUCUUUUAUCUUCGUUGUAACCUUUCAAUAUAAAUACCAUUUGUUUUAUCAAAUUGUACUUUAUUUGCUUGUUCUGCUUUAUAAUUGGUGUGUGUGUGUGUAUUUAAUUAUUUUCAGGGCUAAAAUCUACAAAUUCUAUAUACCGUAUUUAUCGGCGUAUAACACGCACCUCAUUUUAAGAAAGAAAUUUCAGGAAAAAAAACCUUAAAUUUCAAAUAAAGAACUUCUUACCCCCUUCUUACUCCCCCCUCCCCCUCUUCUUACCCCCCUUUCUUACUCCCCCUUCCCCCUCUUCUUACCCACCUUUCUUACUCCCCCCUCUCCCUCUUCUUACUUCCCCCCUCCCCUCUUGCCCCUUCUUACUCCCCUACCCCUCUCCCUCUUCUUACCCCCCUUUCUUACUCCCCCUCCCCCUCUUCUUACUUCCCCCUCCCGUCUUACCCCCUUCGCCUCCCCCUCCCCCUCUUACUACCCCCCCUUUCUUGCUCCCUCCCCUCUCCUCUCCCCUCUUCUUACCCCCCCCCUCUUUUCUUACCCCCCCUCCCCUCUUCUUCUUACUCUCCCCCACUCUCUUUUUACCCUCCUGUAGCGUGGCCGAGCUGCUCUGCUGUCCGCGGUGGCGGCGGAGUGAUAGGAAGGUGCACGCUCAGUGUGCACCUUCCUGUCAGUCCGGCCGGGCACCACGGACAGCAGAGCAGCUCGGCCACGCUACAGGGGAGGUGAGAACCAACUGCAGCCGCCUGACCGCUCUUGACAGAGCGCUCAGGCGGCUGCAGCAUUUAAAGGGCCGGCGUAUAACACGCACCCAUAAUUUGCCCCCUAUUUUCAGGGAGAAAAAGUGCCUGUUAUACGCCGAUAAAUACGGUAACUUGUUUUGUUUUUUGUUUGUUUUUUAAAUCUUUUUCGUGUUUUCUGUCGGAAAGAUGGAAUUAGGGUUUCAUUAGCCAACAUUAGAGCACAUCUGUAUGUCUUAAUAUAAACCAAGUACAAUAAGAUGAGUAGUGAGGUGUUGCAUAGCUUGCGGAUAUAACAUCUUGGUACGUUUUUGUGAUUUGUGUAUGUGUACUGUCUUUGCGUAUGAAGAGUAGGUACUGUGUGGAUAUGUAUUGACAUUUCUUGUUCUGUGUGUUUUUGCAAUAUUGUGUGUGGAGUAGUUAUUGCAGUGCUAUCGUGUGUGUGAAUGAAACUAAAAUCACUUACUCCGCCUGGCUUGUGGAAGCCAAUAGAAGAAAGAGAGGUAAAUAAUUUGGAAAUAUCCGAUGUGUGGCAGAUAACCGAGAUUAUCGGAAAAACAAAGUUAAAAUAUGUCCAUCUUGGAUGGUCCCACCAGUAAGCUUGAUAAAUUUGGUUUUAUCCACUCAUUAUGUAUGGUGUCUUUUUGUUCUACUUACUCUGAAUGGUGGUGAGGACACAUUCAGAUUUUGUUACAGAUAUUUUAAUUAUUAUUUAUGGCAUUCACAGUAUAAAAAAAAGUUUAGAAAAAGGUCUUUAUUGUAGCACCUUGCAAAUGAUAGGGAGAUGGUUUGGAUAAUUCUGUGUUUUACCCAUUGAUCAAAACCUGUAGUUAACUUCAUAUUUCUACCCACAUCAGAAAUGUUUUUUUUUAGAUAUUUUUCAGUAUGGGUUUCCUACAUAGGAAAUUAAUCAACAGAUUAUACCUAUUUAAUUAUUUUUGUGUCUUGCAGUUGGUCAACCAAAUGGUUCCUCACACAAUCAGAUGCAAGCAUCCCAUGGAGGUUCAAAUCUAAUGCAGACCAAUCUGAUGGGUCUUCACAGCAACAUGAAUAAUCCACAGGCCAGUGGAAGUGGUGUGAACCAGGUCAACAUUAGUGGGAUGCACUCACAGGGCCAGCAAGGACAACAAUCUCAGCUUAUGGGCAUGCACCAACAAAUCAUUUCCUCUCAAGGUCAAAUGGUUAGCCUUCAGGGGCAGGCUCCUCUUAAUUCGCAAGGCCAACUGGUACUCUCCCGAUCACAGCUUGUGCCUCAAGGACAGAUGAUGGGGACAUCUCAGAACCAGAACAUGGGCCAAGCACCCCAGAGGAUAACUCCUCCAAAGCAGAUGAUUCCUUCUCACAACCAAUUAAUGACAUCGCAAGGACAAGCUCUAAUGCCGCAAAACUCUGUAAUGGAGCAGAUUAUGCAGGGUGGUAAACAAGGAUUUAAUACCCAGAACCAGACAGGUGGGAUGGCAGGACCCAGCCAGAUUUUACGAGGACCAACCCCAAAUUUGCCUAGCAACAUGGUGCAGUACUCUGGACAGGCCUUGUCCCAGCAGGGAGCAAUCAGUGGUAACCCUACACAGGGGGUGAGCAUGCAAGGUCAUGUUCUCAGGCAGAUUGUGCCUGGACAACAUUUACAGCAGUCACUUGGAGAGGCUCCCAACCAAACCGGCAGUGAUUUAAACUCCAUGCUAUCGGACCUUCCUAUGCAGCAAACUGGCAACAUGGCAGCUCAACAUAUGCAGAACAUGCCAGGAAAUGGUGGACCCGGCCAGCACUUUGCAGGACAUGGGUUAUCUUUUGGCUCUCCGUUUUCUCAAGGUGCUAAUGGGAAUCAAAUGACUUGUGGACAGAAUCCUGGCUUUCCGGUCAACAAAGACGUCACGUUGACUAGUCCUUUGUUGGUGAACCUGCUGCAAAGUGACAUCUCAGCUGGGCAUUUCGGUGUCAACAGCAAGCAGAACAGCGGUGCCGCUAAACCAAAAAAGAAAAAGCCACCAAGGAAGAAGAAGAACCAGCAGGAGGAACAGAUGAGGUACAUGUCCAAUAUGGACUCAAAAUAGCAAAAUUAUAUUAGUUCAAAAAGAAUGCAGGAUAGAUUAUCAUAAUAAAAUAUAAUCUUGAUUUUUUUAUUUUUUUAUUUGCAUGAUGCCAGUUGUUUGGUUUUGUAAAAUACUCACCACCACUUGACUUUAUGGGUCAUUCUAAGCACCAUAACUCCAUUGCAGUACUACAGUGCCUGGUGCGUAGAACAUCCAGAGUCCACUGUCUGAGAGUGGAUUAUAGAAGCAGCAAUUUGUAAUAUGAGAAACGGCACUGUAUGUAAACUGCUAGCAGUCUUCUAUAAAAUGUGUUGUACACUCAUCACGUAAAAUAGGGAAGGCACUUUCACCUACAUGCAUGUGCAGUUUGCAGCCUUCACAGAAGGGGUUGGGGAACUGGGUAUGAUGGCUUGAUUUUGGAGUCAGCUGCUCUACUUUGGUUCGAGGAUUGUCCACCUCCUCUCCUUGGUACAGACGACCAUGCCCAAGGUGCUAAGGCAUUAAAGAUAGGCAAGUAGACGAAUCUCAACUAGCAUGGAAGUACCACAGCAGAGUCAUAAGUCAUAAGCCAGGGAUCUCAGCCAAGCCAAAAACGGACUAUUUGUAUUUAAUUCAGAAAUUUAGAGGCGCUCCAGCGAAACGUGACUGCUCACCUUGGCAGUCAGGCUUCGCCUCCCAUUACUUUAAUUCUUUAAAUAACAAAUGCGUUAAAAAUAUAGGAACAGUUUUUAUAACCUAAUCAUUUAGCACUAAAUUUUGGAACUAUAAAUUUCCUGUAACCUAUUUGCAGCAGUCCUUUGCUCAUUCAUGUAGUUUAACAGGACUAGGAUUGGCUUGUAGAUUUCAGCCAUUGCUCUUAUUAAAAAGGAUGUGUGUGUGCAGUAACAGCAAGUCCUGGGGAUUUUUUUAUGAGGGAAAUUUAUUUAUUUAUUUAUUUAUUUUUUUAAAUUCAUGACUGGUUUUAGCAUGACAUGCAUAUAAAUAAAUAUAUGUCCGUGCUCAAUCAAUCUCUAAUGAAAUGUCAUGCUCAAUGAAGUAUUCGCUGAUGCCAUCCUGUCUGUCAUUUUAGUUCUACUGAGUCUCGCCUCGAUGAUAGCGAUCAGACUGGAAUAGCAGGAGAUCAAGGAGGAACUCUAGACGUUGGCCAGAAACUUUCAGAAUUUGCAAACAGGCCUCCAGGUAAGCCAAUCAAAGGGUAUAACUUUAGUAUUACCUCUUCUCACUUAUACAUGUCAGUAUGAUGGUGUUUGUACAGACCUAUACAUAUUAUUAUGAUAGUGUUUGUUUAGC